UAAGAAAACGUGUGGUGACAGGCAGUAAAGUUUAAAACAACUAAGAGGAAAGUCCAAGGGUUAACAAACGUCGUCGCCUUUUUGAAAAGGCGACAUCCUCUUUGUUAGUCUGCUGGCCGAGUGCAAGAAGUAAACAUCAAACCAUUUGGCAAAAAUAAACAACGGAAAAUGGAAGUGCUUGAGGCAUGCAAUAAUGUUGGCCAACAAAUUGAUGCAGCACUCAGUAAUUUCGCUACUACCUAUAAAGAAGGGGAAAGAAAGAUUGAAGAAGCGACUGAGAUUUUACUAUCAAUCAAACGUGAUUUUGAACAAAAGCAAGAGGUUAAUGCCAAAGAAUCUCAACUUGGAGUAUCAAGAGUCAAAGAGUGCCUUUCCCAGCUGAGUAAACAACAUAAAAGGAUACAGAAAUCUCUUUCAAACAUUGAAAAAAAGAUUGAAGCAAACUUUCAGCGAGGGUGUGGAGUAUCAAUUUUCCCUCCAAUAUUGCCAGACUCUGAAAAAUUACUGAACCAAGCCAUUUGCCUCCACUUACUAAGAAAUGGAUUUGUAGAAUCAGGAGUUGAGUUCUCAAGGGAAUCUGGACUGGAAAGAGAUGACCGUAUUCAAGAGGCCUGUAAGCUCACAGAAAUCCAGGGAAAGCUCAAGGAGAAUCAUUUAGAUGCAGCUAUAGCAUGGGCUCAGGGCCACCAUCAAGAACUGUUAGAAAAGAACAGUGAUCUGGAAUUUAAGUUGCACCAAAUGAAAUUCAUUCAAAUUCUGUCCCAAGGAUCUCAGUGGCAAAAUGAAGCUAUUGCUUACGCAAAGAACCAUUUCCCAUUGUUCUCCGAUCGUCAUAAAACAGAAAUAGCCAAAGUGAUGGGCAUUCUCCCCUUCAUCAAACGUGGAGUUCACAAUUCACCCUACGGACAUUUUUUCGAUCCUGUUCUUUGGACCGAAAUUAAUCAACUCUUCAACCGGACAGCAGCUGAAGUUCUUGGCUUUAGUGUCGAAAGUCCCUUGUCAACUUCUAUUAAUGUUGGAGUGAUGGCUUUACCGGUAUUCGAGAAAUUUCAGAAAACCAUGGCUGAAAUGAAGAUCCAGUGGGAUAUUACAUCUGAUACUGAAAUGCCAAUUGAAAUUGACACUGACGGACGGAAUUAUCAUUCGGUAUUUUCUUGUCCUAUCCUCAAGCAACAAUCUUCUCCUUCCAAUCCCCCAAUGAGACUCCCCUGUGGCCAUGCCAUGUCACUUGAUGCAAUUAAACAAACACUGGCUUAUUAUAGUGGCAGCUUUAGGGGAUCGGCGAAAUGUCCAUAUUGCAAAAUGUUGUUCGAAAAAUCUCAAGUUACUGAAUUGCACUUUUAAACCCAGCUCGUUUCUGAUUUCAUAUUGGUCUCUUUCUGAUCGUUUUUGUCGGGCUUUUUAUCAAUCAAACAUUUAAUUUCAAUCAACGGCCGUUUUGAAGUUGAUUUAACAUGCAAUGAAGUAACUGGAAAUGUUUUCCCAAUCUCACUUGAUGUUUCCUAAUAAUUCAAUCAGAGCGUACUAUGGAUGCCCCCGAUCAUUACGCUAUUUGCCUAUUUUGUAUGCAG